AUGCCAUCGUAUUAUGCUGUCAAGAAAAGUGUGAAAACUGGGGUCUACCAUAAUUCGGAUGAUUGUAAGUCAAUGGUUAAAGGGUAUAAAGGUGCCGUUUAUAAAAAGUUUCCGUCUCUUUCAACGCUCUAA